AUGGAUUCCGACUCUGGCUCCACCGGCAGCCGCUCCUCAUCCCCAGACCUGGUGGUGGAUGACUCUGCUGGGAGCUUCUUCUCCAACAAGAUGUUCCAGACGUACUGCCGAGAAAACGGAGCAGACAGCGGGGCCGGCAAGGGCAGGAUGGAGUCCUGCGGCGGAGGCGGUAAGGCCAAGACCAGGUCCGAGCUCAGCAAGGACGAGGUGCAAGACCUGAGACUGAAAGUCAACAGCCGGGAGAGGAAAAGGAUGCAUGAUCUGAACCAGGCGAUGGACGGCCUGAGAGAGGUCAUGCCCUACGCUCAGGGACCCUCAGUCCGCAAGCUGUCGAAAAUCUCCACCUUGCUGUUAGCUCGCAACUACAUCCUCAUGCUGUCCAGCUCCUUGGAGGAGAUGAAGAAGUUAGUGGGGGACGUUUAUGGAGGCAGUGCUGCCGUCCAGAGCCGCACAGCCGCCCAUCCCGCUAUUACCCCUGCAGCCCCCACAGCCCACCUCCCCCUGCAUCCUCUGGCCCAGUCUCUGCACUCUCUGGUGGGCAGCACGCCUGCAGCUCUCCAGCAUCACACAACUUCUACAGCUGCAGCCCCAGCCCCGCACUCCCCUCCAUCUGCCAGCUUCCUGGGUUUUCACGCUCCAGUCCAGGGCCUUCUGAAGGACCCGCUCCACCUGACCAGCACCUACAGGCACUUCCCCGGCAUGCCCUGCCCCUGCUCACUCUGCCAGCCUUUGCCCACCACUACUUCCACAUUGCACAGCCUGUCUAUGACCAAAUGA